GAGCCAAAUACCCCUCCAAAAUCGGGAAGAGUGGGGAACAAGAGAGCAAGAACAUCUUCGCUGAAGAGCAAGUUUGAGAGCAGACACCGUGGAAGCAAUUUUUCACCAUGAACCUGGCAGCAAAUCUUCUCUGUUUUUUGGUGUGCCUCACCACAGUGUCUUCUGACCGAGUCUACGUUCACCCUUUCAAUUUGUUUUCAUUCAACAAGAGUACCUGUGAGGAGCUGGAAAGUCUUGGCCAGGAGGGAAUGAAAACUUUUAUCCCUGUCUCCAUUGAGUCCCACACCACACCUGCCUAUGAAGAUGACCUGAACAACAAGGACCAGCUGGAAGCCCCAAGGCUGAACAGCUGGGGGAGGCAGAGACUGAGCUAUGUGAAGGACUCUUUGUGUGUGCUGGGUACACGGUUUUACAGCGUGCUGCGGGACGCACGGCGGGGACAAAACUUGCUGCUGUCUCCAACCAGUCUUUAUGGCUCCUUGGUAUCAUUCUACCUGGGUGCCUCAAACCAGACUGCAGCUGAUUUGCAGAGUUUGCUAGGAUUUAUUCCCCCAUCUGGAGAUCCUGACUGCACGUCCAGGGUGGAUGGACAUAAAGUCCUUUCCAGCCUGAGGAUGAUUGAAAACCUUGUCAAGAGCAGGGAUGAGGAGCUGCUCUUUUCCAAGAUGCUCUACCUGUUCUCUGCCCCCGGCACAGCUCUAUCGCAGCAGUUCAUACAGGACUUGCUUCCCUCUGCUGAUGCUCUCUAUGCUCGAGCUGUUGACUUUACAAACCCAAGCGAGGCAGCAAAGCAAAUAAAUGCUUUUGUGGAGGCCAAAAGCAAGGGCCAAAGCAAGUGCCUACUGGCAGACAUUGAUCCAUCAGCUGACCUGCUGUUUGCAGUGGACGUCCGCUUAGCAGUGAAUGCUAAGCAAGUCUCCCUGCUCAAAGAGCCCCAGGAGUUCUGGGUGGAUUCAAACAUGAAGGUUUUGGUCCCCAUGUUGUCAGUCGUGGGGACAUUCAAGUACAAAACUGAUGCCAGUGGGACUUUUUCUGUGGUGGAAGUCCCUCUCAGCAAGACCAUGCUGCUGGUGCUGCUGCAACCCAUCAAUGGCAGUGACCUGGAGCAUGUGGAGUCCCAGCUGUCGUUGCAGUCCUCAGGCUGGCUUCAGGAGAUGUCCCCAAGAGAAAUUAAAUUAACACUGCCGAAGUUAACAAUAGAAGACAGCUCUGACCUCCAGGAGCUUCUUUCAGAUAUGGAACUGCCAGCACUGCUGGGGAAGGGGGCAGAUCUCAGUAAAAUAAGUGAUGCCAAUCUAACAGUUGGAAAGGUAAUAAAUAAAGCCCUUUUCAAGCUGAGCGGUGAUGGAACAGAUCAGCCAGAAGAUCCUGCAGCCCAGAAGGAAGAUGCAGUGUUCCUGGAUGUAACAGUGAACAAGCCAUUCCUUUUAGCUGUGUUUGAAGAGAAGUCAAGGGCAAUGCUUUUCCUUGGCAGAGUAACAAACCCUCUGCAUGGGGAUUAAAUGCAAACAGGGGAUGGGAAGGGAGGGCAACGAUACACAUUUCCCACCACCUUUUUCUUAUUCAUUGGCUAUUUUUGUGGUCUUCUUGAGUGCUCUACUUAGCUUCAAGAUGAAGCAGGUAGUAGUGUGUACAACAUAAGGUUUUUGAAGCUAAAAUACUGCAACAUUUCAUCCUUGUUCUUCUUUUCACAUGAGCUAACUCAAGCUCUUCCUCCAGUGUCUCUUUUUCUUCCCUACUUUCCCUAGCUUCUAUUCCCAGAUCUCAUUUUCAGUGUAGUAAGGACAAACUAUCAGUCAGCAGGGAAUUGACUUUAAAAAAAUACAUUAGUUUUUUACAUUAGCAUAAGCAGCAUUUGCUAUAGGAAGGAGCAAAAUGCAAGAUCUUCAUUCUUUAGGGAGCCACUUUUUAAUUUUUAUUUUGGUCAGUUUUGCAAGACAGACCCCUUCCUUUUACAUUACAGUGAAUGUUUUACAGUUACCUACAGAGACAUCUACCUUUAUCUGCAACAUUCUUCUUUAAAAUGCUGUCAACAGCCCAGGCAGGCUUUGGUUGUUGUACUGAGAC